UCCCUUGCUGUUGCUGGAAUACAGGCAAAAUGUUUUGCUAAAAAAAGUUUAGUGAGAGAGAUUGGUUUUAAAUUAACUUGUUUUUUCUUGGAGAUUUCAGUUAAUGAUUAUUUCAAUUCAUUAUUUUUAAUUAACCUGGUUUGUGGUUACUAAAGUAAUUAAAAGAAAGAUAAAAAAUUAAUGUCGCCCAACUGACUGAUAUUGCUGAUUGAAGGAUUGAUGCUAAGUGAUUAUUGUAUCUUUUGGUUGCACGCUUUCUAAAUCCUCAGCAACUUGGAUUACUUGUAAGGUUUGCUCAUUGUUCUUUUCAUUGUGCUUUCCUUUCUCUUCUAUGCUUCUAGGUUCAUUUUUUUCUUUCUCUACUCGUUGCUGUAAUAAGCAUAUUUAUAAGUGAUAUUAUUAUUCUUAAACCAAUUAUCAAAGUGAUUUACCAUUUACCAGCUUAAUCUGCUGUUUAAAUAUUCUGUGAAUAGAGACUAGUUUCUUGGACCAUCAGCAAAGUGAUUCAACAAUGACCACCACAGAGCCAGCAACAGACAAAUCAGGACCAGUUGUCGAAACAGAUGCAUCGAAUUCAAAUAAAGCUAUCGCGCUUAAAGAUAAAGCAAACGAAUACUUCAAAAAUCAAGAUUAUUUAAAAGCAAUACUUCUCUAUUCUGAAGCAAUUGAACUGGAUGGAACUCAAGCGGCCCUUUAUUCUAAUAGAAGUAUUGCCCAUCUUCGGUUAGAAAACUUUGGCUACGCUCUAUCUGAUGCAACCAAGGCUAUCGAAUGUGACCCUAAUUACGUUAAAGGUUAUUAUCGCCGUGCCGUAUCUUAUAUGGCUUUGGGUAAAUACAAAGAGGCAGUUAAAGAUUUCGAACACAUUCUAAAGAUAUCUCAAGCUGGUAAAGAAACCCGACUCAGAUUAAAUGAAUGUAAAAAAUUGCUUAGAAAACAAGCUUUUGAGAAAGCCAUUUCAGUUGAUUACGAUAAAAGUGUUGCUGCAUCAAUUGAUCCAGAUCAUAUGCAAGUUGAACCCAAUUACGAUGGUCCACAUAUAGUUAACGGCAAAGUUGAUCUCGAAUUUGUUGUUUCAUUAAUCAAAACCUUUAAAAAAGGCAAAAAAUUGGAUAAAAAGUAUGCUUAUAUGAUUAUUUUACAAGUAGCCGAGCUAUUUAGAAAAUGCGACUCUUUAGUCGAUGUAAAAAUUCCUGAUGAAUCCAAAUUCACAGUAUGUGGAGACAUACACGGGCAAUAUUUUGAUUUGCUAAAUAUUUUCGAACUCAAUGGACUUCCUUCAUCAACCAAUCCAUACCUGUUCAAUGGUGAUUUUGUUGAUCGAGGAUCAUUUUCCGUAGAAUGUAUUCUUACUUUGUUUGCCUUUAAAGCUCUUUAUCCAAACCAUUUCUUCAUGUCAAGAGGUAAUCACGAAAGCCAAACUAUGAACCAAAUGUAUGGAUUCGAGGGUGAAGUAAAAAGCAAAUAUUCGUCCACAAUGUAUGACCUAUUCACCGAAACAUUUAACUUGUUACCUCUUGCUCAUUGCCUUAACAAACGGGUAUUGGUUAUGCAUGGUGGCCUUUUCUCCUCGGACACUGUCACAUUAGAUGAUAUUCGUAAAGUAGACCGAUAUCGACAACCUCCUGAUGAAGGUAUCAUGUGUGAACUUCUCUGGUCAGAUCCAAUGGCCAAACAUGGUCGUGCACCUUCAAAAAGAGGCGUUGGUAUUCAAUUUGGACCAGAUGUGACACAUCAUUUUUGUGAAUUUAAUAAUCUUGACUAUAUUAUUCGAAGUCAUGAAGUCAAAAAUAAUGGCUAUGACCUAGCUCAUGAUGGUAAAAUGAUCACCGUCUUUUCAGCUCCCAAUUACUGCGAUGCCAUCGGUAAUCUAGGAGCUUACAUUACCAUGACUGGUAAAACUUUAAUUCCCGAUUUCCACACCUAUUCGGAAGUGCCUCAUCCUGAUGUCAAGCCUAUGGCUUAUGCGUCAAGUUUUUUCGGAUUAAGGGCUUGAUGUAGUCCUGUAGUUAGCCUGAAAAUAAACAACAACUACAAAGUAAAAAUUGAAUAAACAAUAAAAACGAAACUUCUAACAGACCUUCGCAAACGAAGAAGCAAAAUUUUGAGGUAAAUGCGAAAAUUUUCAUGUAUAUAUUGAUUGAUUAAUCAAAUAAAUUUCUUUUGAAAUAAUCGA